AUGGCACAGGCUCAAGGAUUGGGGAAGAGAUACAUUAAAGCCUUUUUUAAAGGUUUCUUUGUUGCUGUUCCGGUAACAGUGACUUUCCUGGAUAGAGUUGCCUGUGUAGCAAGGGUGGAAGGAGCAUCAAUGCAGCCUUCUUUGAAUCCUGGGGGGAGACAAGCAUCUGAUAUAGUGCUCUUAAGCCACUGGAGUAUUCGAAAUUAUGAUGUACAACGUGGGGACAUUGUGUCAUUGGUGUCUCCUAGAAACCCUGAACAGAAGAUCAUUAAACGAGUGAUUGCUCUUGAAGGAGACAUUAUCAAAACCAUUGGAUACAAAAAGAAGUAUGUGAGAGUUCCACAUGGGCAUAUUUGGGUGGAAGGUGAUCACCAUGGACACAGUUUUGACAGCAAUGCUUUUGGGCCGGUUUCUCUUGGACUUCUGCAUGCUCGAGCUACUCAUAUCCUCUGGCCUCCACACCGCUGGCAGAAGUUACAGCCAAUGCUACCUCCGGAGCGCAAACCACUCCAGAGAGAGCAAGAGUGA